UCGUAAUAUUUGUCUUAUACUGUUAUUGAUCAUAGGUAAUUGAGGAAAAUAUGUUAUUUCUGUACAUUCACAGUGAGAUAUUGUGCAAAUUGAUGUCAAUACGCCAACAAAUAAUAAUUAUAAAAUGAAUUUAUAGGUCAUAUUAUAGUAUAACAUGGCCGGACGUAUAGCUUCAGCCUCCAUCAGGGCAGUAGUUGGAAGCAAAAAACCUAUUAAGGCUGCUCUCACCUUGACACCAUCGGCCGUUGAUCAACUGAAAAAGAUACUGUCCGGAAAAUCAGAUUGUAUUGGUCUUAAAAUCGGUGUUAAACAACGGGGAUGCAAUGGUCUAAGUUACACGCUAGAUUAUGCCAACGAAAAACAUAAAUUAGAUGAAGAAGUUGUACAAGAUGGAAUCCAUGUGUUUAUUGAUAGAAAAGCUCAGUUAACAUUGCUCGGGACUGAAAUGGACUUUGUUCAAACCAAAUUGUCUUCAGAAUUUGUGUUUUAUAAUCCGAACAUUAAAGGAACUUGUGGAUGUGGUGAAAGUUUUAAUAUUUAAACUUAAAAAGUGAGUUGUWGGAAGUAUUUUUAAAUAA